AUGGCGAGCAAACACCGUGGCGCGUCCAGGCCUGGUGGCAGUGGCGGACAGAGCCGUCUGCUGCAGCUGCUGCGGCGCCAUGGCUUCGGCGAAGAACUGCCACCAUCCACAGUGUCGUGGCUGGAUUCGCGGCCCGUCUUCCGGUGGCUCGCUGAACACCUGAGUGACGAAAACUUUGUGUCGUCCGAAACGCAGCGUUUGUAUGAUGCAAUACAACUCCAGGCAGGGGCCUCCAGCAGUGGCGCCGGGGACGGUGGUGUCGCAGCCGGGGCUGCAGCCCCUGGCGGGGUGCCGCAUGGCCGGGCGCAGCUGAUGAGUGCGAUGGGCUUCUCAUCAGGAUCAGGCAGCGAUUCUGACAAUGAGGGGGAGGUCGGCGGCCACGCGGAGGGGGGCAGCGCCUGGGAUGAGGCGCAGGACUGCGAGGAGCUGGAGCGUGCCGUUGAGGAGCAGCAAGCUCACCUGGAGCUCCUGCAGCAGCAGCUCUCUUCCAUCGGCGCCGUCGGCCGCCGGCUCGCCUCCGCCGCCGCCCCUGCCCGCCGAGGCGCUGCGCAGCAGCGGCGCGGCGUGCUCAACUCCCUCCGCGCCGCGCGGCUGCGGGCGGCCCAGUCGGCGGCCGCGGAAGCGGGCGGCGAGGUGGAUGCAGCGCUGCAGCUUCUUGCAGAUGAGCUGGACGGCUGGGCGCGGCUGGCGGAGGGCAUCGGCGCGGCCGGCAGCGGGGAGGAGGAGUGGCUGCUGUGCGGCGUGGAUGCGGGGGCUUACGCUACCAGGGAUGCAGAAAUGCAGGAGCUCGUCAGCAGGGGCAUGCGGCUCGUAAGCGCAGCGGCAGGGGUGAUGCCCCCUGACGGUGCCGGCGCCGAUGAAGCAGGCAGCGGCGAUGGCAGCGACUGCGACGCUGAGGCGCCCGCAGCGAGCAAAGCGACCUGGGGGGGCGGCAGCCGCGGCGACGCGCGCCGCUGGCGCGACCAGGAGCGCAGGAAUGAGGGGUUGCGGGAGGAGCUGGCGCGGCAGCGUGUGGCGUUCAAGGUUGCGUACGACCAACGAAUGGCGGCCCUGGUGCAGCAAGCCGGGGCUGAGGGCGCUGCGACAGCUGUGGAGUCGCUGAUCGAGGCUGAGAGCCACCGCCAGCGCGGGGCCCCCUCCGCCGCGGCGAGGGGCGCGCCGCAGCUGGCAGCCGCGGGGGCGGGCGCCAGCGGCGCGCGGGGCGCCGGCGUGGCCGCGGCUGCGGCGGGGGAGGGCGCAGACGCAGUCCUGCAGCAGGCGCCGCAGCUGCGCCGCGAGGCGGAGUCCUUGGAGCGAGAGCGCAUGGCGCUGCAGGACGUGCAGCUGCCGGCGCUACACGUGGCAUUGGCAAAGCUGAACGACACACAUGUGCUCGAGGGCGACUAUGACCGCCAGCUGGCGAAAAUGCGCGUCGCGCACGCCCGCAAGCGCGCCCUCAUUGAGACGCUCCUGGACGCGGCGGCCCGCCACGCCGUGCUUCGUGGCGUCCAGUCCGGCGAGCUGAACUGGCUACGCGCCCUGCAGUCCGCGGUCGACGGCGCGAGGGGCCUGCUUGGGGCGUCCGCGGCCGCCGCUGAGCGCCGAGAGGCGGCAUGCGCGGCUUUGGCGGCCGCGGCGGCCGCCGCGCAGCAGCGCAGCAGCGUCGCGCCCGAGGACGCUUACCUCACACGCUUGCAGCGCCUGCUGCGGCCGGCGGGCGCGGACUGGGCAGCCGUGGCGGCGGGCGGGGAGGGCUGGCAGCAGGGCGGGGCUGGGGCCGGGGCCGGCGGCUUGGCAGGCGGCGGGCAGGCGGGAACGCCGCAGGCGCCCUUGCUGACGCCCCGCAGCAACCGCGUGGGCCCCCAAGGCUUCUCCACCACAAGGGACCUGUGCGUCUGCCUGUCCGGCCUCGCGGACUCCCUGCGCGCCGGCGGCGCCGCGCUGGAGGCCGGACUGCUGGAGGACCUGCCCCGGCGGCUGCGCGAGAUCCUCGCAGUCGAGGGGCAGCUGCGGGAGCUCGCGUUCCCCGCGGAUGGCACCAGCGGCGGCGGCGAGGCGGGUGAGCACGCGGCGACGGCCCCUGUGCUGACGAGCCCCGCGCUCGCGGACGCGAUGCGGGCGCUGGAGGCUCUGAACCACUCGAUCGGCGGCGCGAUCAACCGGCUGCUGCAGCAGCAGCAGGACUGGGCGGCGGUGCAGCGGCAGAACGCGCGGGAGCAGCAGCUGGAGCGGCGCGUGAUGGCGCUGAUGUUCACCGACCCCGGGAAGCUGAGCGCUGCGGUGGAGGAGCUGCGGGGCAAGGUCCAGGCGCUGGCGGCGGCCGCGCGCGGCGGGGCCGGCCCAGUCGAGGGGAUGCGGGCGGGAAGCGUUGGGGGGGCUGUGCAUGUGGGUGGAUGA